AUGUCCAUUCUAAUUUCCUCGUGUCCAGAUGUAAUAGUGAGGCCGGUCAAGGAUAUAAUUAAAAAUCAGUGUUAUAAUGUUGAAUAUCUGGAAACACCCAUCAAAUCGGAGAAUGACAAAAAAGAAUAUAGAGCCAUCAGAUUAAUAAACGGUUUAGAAAUUUUGUUAAUAUCCAAUGCACAAGCAGAAACAUGCACUUCUUAUAGUCAAGAUAAGAACGACGAAAAGAAGGCAACAUGUGGUUUAUCUGUAGGAGUAGGAACUUUCAGCGAUCCACCAGAAAUUCCAGGCAUAGCAAUUUUCUUCGACUAUAUGCUUUUCAAAGGAAUUGAUCAACAUUCACAAAAAUGUAAUUUUCAAACAUUUAUCGAAAACUAUGGUGGCUGUAGUAAUACCAUAGUCGAUUACGAACAUACAACAUUUCACUUUGAUAUCCAAGAGAAAAUCUUGUUUCAAGCUCUCUGCCAUUUGGCUCAAUUUUGCUUUAAACCAUUGUGGAAUAUAGAUGCUUUUAUACACAAAUCAACGGAGUUAAAAGAAGAGUUUCAGAGGGCUUUAAAUUUUAUCAAACAUCGAGAGGAUCGACUGCUUUCUUCCUUUGCGGAAACUGGUCAUCCAGCUAACAAGUUUACUAUGGACCAUUUAGUAAAAUUGCAGAACAACAAGAAUAUAAACAUAAAGAAAUUGUAUGAAGUGUUGCAAAAAUUUGCAAAGCGCCAUUACAGUGCUCACAGAAUGAAGCUGGUUAUACAGUCAGGAAUACCGCUGAACACAUUAGAAGAUUUUAUCUUAACUUCGACAUACUUUAAAGAUGUACCAACUAAUUGGCUGCCUCCCGAUGAUUUCUCCAAAUUUAAAAAUAACCUUUUUUUUGCUACUCCCGCUUUUCGAAAAAUGUAUAAAGUUAAUGUUCCUUUGAAAGACAGAGAAUUAGUCAUAACAUGGGUAAUACCUCCACUACUUCAUUUAUAUAAAAGUAAACCACAUAAAUAUAUCUUUCAAAUUAUUCAACAUGAAGGACAAGGCUCUUUAAUUAGCUAUCUACGCAAAAAUAUGUGGAGUUGUAUAAAUUCCAUGAAUACACUUCAAUGUAAAAUUAAAUAUUACUCUACGCACAGUUUAAUAAAGCUCAUUGUAAAUCUCUCCUGUAAAGGGCAACAACAUCUGAAAAAGGUUCUAGAUGCAAUAUUUUCCUUUAUCAAUUUAAUAAAAAAAGAGGGUCCACAAAAAAGAUUUUACGAUGAAUUUUGUAAGAGCGAACAAAUGUCUUUUAGAUUUGUCGAUGAAGAGAAUCCAGUGAAUUAUGUGAAAAACUUGUGUAUAAAAAUGCAUUUAUAUCCAUCAUGCCAUUAUUUAACCGGGAACAAACUGUAUUUCGAAUAUAACCCAGAAGAUAUACAAAAAUGUUUAAAUUAUUUGGUACCAGAGACCGCGAAUAUUAUGCUUUUUGACGAGAAUUUCGCGGAUCUCGAAUUAAAUGAAGUCGAACAAUGGUCGAAUACGAAGUACACAGACAUCGAGAUACCAAAGGAAUGGAUCAAACACUGGAAAUCCAUCAAGCCAUUGCGAGAGUUUUAUUUACCAUAUCCAAAUCCAUUUCUUCCUAAGGACUUCACUUCAAUAGUAGUUUCAACGAAAGUUUCAAAAUAUCUUGUAAAAUUGUACAGUAAUAGAAUAUCGGAGGUUUGGUAUCGCGCGGAUACUAAGUUAUCGAAAUGUUACUUCAACUUACAUUUGGUCUCUCCUUUGAUACUUCAAUCAUCGAAGUAUGCAGUUCUUAUGGAUAUGUAUUGCAAAAUAUUGAAAUUUCUGUUAACGGACCAAUUAUAUCCAGCUACAACAGUUGGGAUUGAUUAUAAGAUUAUUGCCACUGAGAAAGGUUUUGUAAUAAAAAUAUAUGGGUUUAGCGAAAAAAUACCACUCUUGCUGGACAUUAUUGCGCAACACAUCAGAGUCUAUCCAACAGUUACGAAGAACUUGUUUAAAACUCUCAAAAAGCAUCAAAUUGAAACCUAUUACAAUACGUUUAGUAAAUCUUGGAAUCUUGUCGAGGACAUGAGAUUAUGGAUAUUGAAGUACAUCCAUUAUACAUACCUCGAUAAGUACGCUGCACUAUAUACUACCUAUUUCGAAGAUCUUCAAUCCUUUGUACAUUACUUUACUAAGCAUCUGUAUGUUCAGUGCCUCGUGCAAGGCAACAUGACGAAGAAUACUGCGUACAACACUGUAUGGAAAUUUCUUAGAAUAAUUGAUUGUAAGCCUUUGUACCCUAAUAUGAUGCCCGAUAUAAGAAUUAAUCAGAUAAAGCUAGACACAACCUGUUGGAUGUCAAAAAGUUACAAAAGAUUAGAUUUUGGAGAAUUUCCAUCACCUUCCGUAGUGAGAUGUUAUUAUCAAGUUGGUGUCAUGUCGAUUAAAUUGUCGUUGAUAAUCGAACUGAUAGCGUUAAUAAUGAAAGUACCGUUAUUCGAAAAAUUAAUGCAAGAAUUUGGAAAACAGUUAGAUAGUACUGAGUGCUUUCUUAAAAAUGACAACGGAAUUUUAGGACUUUACAUUGUUGCUGAUAUUUAUACAAGUAAAUACCUUAAAACCAUGCAGGCGGAACAGUACAUUGACGAAUUUCUCGAAUUGUUUAAUAAGAUUUUGGAAGGGAUGUCAGAAGAAGAUUUGGAUCGUAUCAAGGAGAAAAGAAAAUCAUCGAAGCCAAGGACAUCAUAUGCCGAUAACAAUCUUGAAAGAGAAUUUGAAAGAAAUUGGAAUGAGAUCAUGGAGUGCAAAUACAUGUUUGACAGAUGCGAGAAAGAAGAGCUUGCAUUAAAGGAGAUAAAAAUCAACGAUUUGAAAGAAUGUUUUGCAAAGUAUAUAUUAGAUAAAAGUAAUAUCAGAAAAUUGAGCUUACAUGUGACAGAAAAUGAUUCAGAGGAUGUCGGGGAAAAAAAUGAUAGUGUAAAGGAUCGCGAGAGAAAAUUGCGUAUUGAAAAAGAUAUAAUCGGUAACCAACUAUAUCUACAGUUUUUUCUAAUUCUUUUUUCUAAUUUUUUCUAUUCUGAUUUUCUACACAUUAAUGUAAUGUCAGAGAUGGAGUUUAUAGUUGAAAACGAAGAGCGAAAUCGAGUUGAAUAUUUGGAGCUACCCUUUAAAUCGCAGAACGACAACAAAGAAUAUAGAGUCAUCCGAUUACCGAACGGUUUCACAGCGUUGCUAAUAUCCGAUAAACAUUCAAAAACAUGUGCUUCCCAAGAUCCAGAUAAAGAAGAUAAAGAAAUGGCACACUGUAGCUUAUGUGUAGGGGUAGGCUGUUUCAGCAAUCCAUUGACAAAUCCAGGCAUAGCAUACUACUUUGAGAAAAUAUUAGAUUAUAUGGGAUUCAAAAAUUAUAAUUCUGAUAAUAAUUUCGACGCAUUUAUUAAUAAGUAUGGUGGCUUCACUUAUGCCUCAACGGAAUGCGAGAAUACAACAUUUUAUUUUCGAAUAAAAAAGAAGUAUUUGUUAUUAGCUCUUGAUUGUUUGGCUGCAAUUUUAAAUAAUCCUUUAAAGAAUGAUAACUUUAAACAAUGGCGAGCGGAGGUAGAAGCAGAACUACAAGUCACUCCAAAGUCUUAUAAGAAUAAAAUGGAACAAUUGUUCUCUUCUUUUGCGCUGGUAGAUCAUCCAGCUAAUAAAUUUCCUAAAGAUAGUUUUAUGACAUUAUACCAUAGUAUAUGUGACAACAUAUUGUUCGAAGAAAUAGUUAAAUUCAGGGCACGCCAUUACAGUGCUCACAGAAUAACAUUUGUUGUACAGGCAAAUUUACCACUGGAUACAUUGGAAAAUAAUGUUACUAAGUACUUUUUUAACGUACCAAAUAAUGGGCUGCCUCCCGAUGACUUUACCGAAUUUAAAGACGGUGUUUCUUUUGCUACUUCAUAUUUUCGAAAUAUGUAUAAAGUUAGCAAUAUCUAUAAUUUCAACCGACUAGAAGUGACGUGGCCAAUGCCCUCGCGUUUCGAUUUCUACAAAAGUAAACCACAUCAAUAUAUCUCAUGGAUUCUUGAGCAUAAAGGAAAAGGUUCUUUAACUAGUUAUCUACGCAAUAAAUGGAAUUGCGAAAUAACAUGUAACAAUGAAAGCAGUUUUAUGCAUACCUCCAUGUAUACAUUACUAAAUCUUACGAUAACUUUCUCCCAUGAGCAAAUACAACACGUAGAGGACUUCUUAAAUGCGAUCUUUUCCUUCAUCAAUUUAUUAAAGAGAGAAGGUCCGCAGAAAAGAAUUUGUGAUGAGAUUUAUAAGAUUAUGGAAAAUAAUUUUAGAUUUUCUGCUGAAGAAAAUAAUAAAGAGUUUGAUAUAAUGGACAAAUUGAUGGAUUUGUCCAGAAAUAUGCAUUUCUAUCCGUCGCGCAAUUAUAUAAUCGGAAGUAAACUUUAUUUUGAAUACAAUACAGCAGAUAUACAAAAAUGUUUAAAUUAUUUGACGCCAGAGACCGUGAAUAUUAUUCUUUUUUACUACAACGAUUGUCUUAAAGUCGGACAAUGGUCGGAAGCGGAGUACACAAAGAUCCAAAUAUCAAGGGAAUGCAUCGAACACUGGAAAUCAAUUAAGCCCUUGCCAAAUUUUCAUUUACCAUUGUUAAAUAUAUUCCUUCCCAGCGAUUUUUCUUUAAUAUCAAUACCAGCAAAAGUUUCAAAAUAUCCUGUAAAAUUAUUCAGUAAAAGUACAUUGGAGCUUUGGUAUCGUCCGUAUUCCAAGAUUUGUUUGCCAAAAUGCUACAUGUAUUUUCAUUUUAUUUCCUCUCUGGGAUUUCUGUCGCUAAAGAAUGCAGUUCUAAUGGAUAUGUACUGUGAUAUAUUAUCGUUUCUAUUGGCCGAAGAAUUAUAUCCAGCCAAAGCAGCGGGGAUUGAUUGUGAGAUAGGUGUCACUGAGAAGGGUAUUACAAUAAAAAUGUACGGAUUUAACGAAAAAAUGCCACUCUUGUUGAAAAUUAUUGCGGAAUACAUGGCAGUUCACUAUCUAUCUAGUAUUACGGAAGAUUUAUUUGAAAUGAUUAAAAUACAACGACUCAUGAUGUAUUACAAUAUAUUUACAAAUCCUGUGAAACUAGUCAGCCAAGUAAAAUUAACGAUACUUAAGCUCGUUCAUUAUUCGGACGUUGAUAAAUACGCUGCUCUACUUCAAAUUAAUUUCAAAAUAUUUAAAGACUUUGUAAAAUCUUUUACUGAACAUCUAUAUAUUCAAUGCCUCAUACAAGGCAACAUGACGGAAGAUGCUGCAAUCGGGAAUGUAAGACAAUUUCUCCAAACAUUUAAACCUAAUCCAUUGAUAAAUAAUACGUUGCUACAAAUGAGAGUGACUCAGAUACCCUUGGGCACAAACUAUUGCAAGUUGGAAAUUACCAACAAAUCUGAUUCAAAAUUAGUAGUAGUGACAAAUUAUUAUCAAGCUGAUGUUACGUCGAUUAAAUUAUCGGUGUUAAUCGAACUGAUAAUUUACAUGAUGGAAGAUUUGUUACACAUCGUGCUAGAUGAUGAGAAUUAUCUAGAGUUUGAAUAUGUUAUAUGCGAAAUUGAAAAUGUUAAUGGAAUAUUAGGGUAUUUCAUUACCAUUUGUACUCAGACAGAUAAAUAUACAAUCGAGUAUGUGGAUCAAAGUAUAGAGAAAUGUCUCACAUCGUUUAAGAAUAUUUUGAAUGAGAUCUCAGAAGAGGAAUUUGAUAAUUAUAAGGAAUCGAUAAAGAAAAAUUGGGAUACACACGAUGUUAACCACGAAGUUGCCAGAAAUUGGAAUGAAAUCACAAAGUUUGAGUACAUGUUUGAUAGAUUUGAGAAGAAAAAGCUUGCACUAGAAAACAUAAAAGUCGAUGAAAUAAGAAAAUGGUUUGAAGAGCACACAUUAAAUGGAAAAAGUUUUAGAAAAUUGAGUAUACAAAUGGCAGAUACUGCUUCGCAGAAAAAAGAAGACGAUAAAGCAAGUAACAGCGCAAACAAAAUGCAGUACCUUGCUUUGAAUUACAUGAUCAACGAUCAGCAGUAUCAGACCGUGGAAGAUUACAAGAAAAAACUCUACACCUAUCCAAUAAGCGAGGGAUUUCCUUUUAAAGCGCUAAAUAAGUAA